GGCUUCAAAUUGAACCAGCCAGCCGAAGAACGGGUUGGUAGACUGAACGAACAUUUGCGCGCGAGAGCUCGCUGUGUGCAGUUGUUAUUAAGAGAGAAUUGUCAACUGCUGCUGUGUACAACGUGCCGUGCAAGACCCUCCCUGGCCUAGAAUUAAGGCGAGUGUGAUAAUAUAUUCCAGCAUGCUUAUUGACGAGGAAGCUGCACAACUGUGACCAUUGAAGUUACUCUGGUACUUCUUCACUCGUAAAAUGCCACAGUACAGGCAUUAUCAUACCAACAUGAGCAGAGUUACCAGGAUCGGCGGAGAUGAUAGUCUUGGCUUCAUAGUGUUUGUACCUGUCGUUGUUGUCAUGUUCCUGUUAGCCGUUUGCUGCCGGGUAUGCAGGGGGCAGACAGCGAGAGGAGAACACAUUUCUCCAGAAAUACCCACAGUACCACCAGUGGAGGACAGCGUAUUUACCUUGGGAAAUGGAGAACACUCUCCCGAAAGUGUCAGCCUACAGCAAAGACGAAGUUCGUUACCUGGCUGGGUUGGUCAGAGAAAUUUCUUAUCUGAACAUGGCAGCGUAUCAAUCCCGUCAUGCUCGAUAGAUGUCGAGGCACAGAAAAGUUUCACAGAAUCUCAAGCAUGCUCUAGCUCCACGCCUGUCGAGGCUACGCCCCAUGAAGGCCCACGGUCUAGCUCCACGCCUGAUGAGGCUACACCCCAUGCAGGCCCACGGUUUAGCUCCACGCCUGUCGAGGCUACGCUCCAUGCAGGCCCACGCUCUAGCUCCACGCCUGCCGAGGCUACAUUCCAUGCAGGCCCACGCUCUAGCUCCAUUAAAGAUACACCCAAAGCGCACCAGAGUGCUAACAUUGGUGAAACUACAAAAGUCCAUCAAAGCUCCGUCACAGGCGAGCCAGGCUUCGUAGCCCAUCAUCAACCCUCCGUGGAUGACGAGGUGUCGGACCCAGCACAAAUAAGGGUCUCCUGCUCGGCAAAGUCUGCAACAAGCACUAGCAACAAAACCAGUCAGGCAUGCCACCCGUCCGGUUCCACUGCGACUACAAAGUGUCGCAGAUACGACUCCCCACUGGCCAGACUCGUGACCUUUCAGAACUUCUCUUACAAGCCCUUGAAAAAUUAAGUGAUCUGCAUGUACAGUUGAUACCAUUGUGAUUUCAAAACGUGUAGGAAUACUUUUGUUAUAGUUUGGAAAAUGUGU